AUGAGUUUCUUCAGACAGGUUAGACUUCUUCUAUGGAAAAACUGGAUACUCCGAAAACGGCAGAAACUUCGUCUGCUGGUUGAACUUCUGUGGCCCAUUUCUUUAUUUCUUGUCUUAGCAUGGCUGAGGAAAGUUAGCCCCGUCUAUCACCAACAUGAAUGUCACUUUCCAAAUAAGGCAAUGCCUUCUGCAGGAACUCUGCCAUGGUUACAGGGCAUCUUCUGUAACAUGAACAAUCCUUGUUUCAAAAGCCCUACCCAUGGAGAAUCUCCAGGUGUCAUCUCCAACUAUAAUAAUUCCAUUUUAGCAAGGGUAUAUCAAGAUGCUCAAGAGCUAUGGCUUGAAAUCCAUGAAAGAGACUUGGGUAAAUUCUGGGAAGAACUACGUACCAUGACCCAGUUUAUGGAAACAAUGAGGACAAACCCUGAACAGUUUAAAGGAAGAGGCAUACGAAUCCACAAUAUCUUAAAAGAUGGGGAGAAUCUAACUAAGUUUCUGCUUGAAGAUGUAGACCUUCCUGAUACUGUGGUUUACCACCUAACUAAUGCCAUAGUACGAACUGAACAAUUUGCCUUUGGCGUCCCAGACUUGACUUUGAAAGAUAUAGCUUGCAGCCAGACUUUGCUGAAUCGCUUUAUUAUCUUCCGGAGUCCAAGUGGCUUUCAAGCUGUGCAUGGUGCAAUGUGUGCCCUUUCCCAGGAGAAAUUGCAAAAGGUUGAAGAUUCCUUAUAUGCAAAUACAGAUUUCUUUAAGCUCUUCCAUUUGCUUCCCACUGUUUGGGACAGUAAUGCACAAGGUGCUGACCUACCGUUGUGGGGCCGAAUAUUUUCUAACGUAUCUCAAGCAGUGCAAAAGUUAAUUCAGAGGCCAAGUGUUCGGGCCCUUUUGUCAACGCUCCAGCCACUUCUUCACGAGGAAGAGCCAGCAUCCUUACGGCAGCUGCUGAGCAUUUUAUCGGACCUGUUCUGCGGUUACCCUGAGGGAGGUGGCUCCAGAAUACUCUCACUAAACUGGUAUGAAGAUAAUAAUUACAAGGCCUUCCUUGGAGUUGACACUACAAAAAAGGAAUCCAUUUAUUUUUAUGACAACACAACCACACCCUUUUGUAAUCAGUUGAUACAAAGCAUGGAAUCAAACACUUUAACCAAAAUAAUUUGGAGAACUAUGAAACCACUGCUGAUGGGGAAAAUCCUCUUUGCUCCUGAUUCACCUGCAGUACAGAAGAUACUGAAGAAUGCAAAUUCCACAUUUGAAGAACUUGAACGCUUGAGACUCUUGGCUAAAGCAUGGAAAGAAGUGGGACCUCAACUGUGGAACUUCUUCAACGACAGUGUACAAAUGAACAUGAUCCGAGACAUUUUGCAAAACCCUACUGUGAAAGGUUUCUUAAACGAACAAUUUGGUGGUGAAGGUCUAGCUGUGGAAGAUGUUAUCAAUUUUCUCUAUAAUGGACCCCCAGAGAAAAGAAAGGAUGGUAUGAUGAACUUUGACUGGAGGAAUAUCUUCAGUGUGGCCAAUCAGACUCUCCAUAUGGUUUACCAAUAUUUGGAGUGCUUGACCCUUGAUAAGUUUGAAGGCCUAGCUGAUGAAACUGAGUUGAUUCUUCAUGCUCAUUCUCUUCUGGAGAAAAACAAAUUCUGGGCUGCUGUUGUCUUUCUUGACAUGGAUGCAAGGGCCAACCAGCUGCCACUUCAUGUGAAAUACAAGAUACGCAUGGAUAUUGAUGCUGUGGAGAAAACAAACAAAAUCAAAGAUAGGUACUGGGACCCUGGGCCAAGAGCUGACCCAGUGGAUGAUCUGCGCUACAUCUGGGGAGGGUUUGCUUAUUUGCAAGAUAUGAUCGAGCAAGGGAUUAUCAAAACCCAGACCCGUGUUGAUGUGCCCUCAGGGAUUUACCUACAACAAAUGCCCUAUCCCUGCUUUGUAGAUGACGUCUUCAUGAUUACUUUGACCCGCGCCUUUCCCAUCUUAAUGGUGCUGGCUUGGAUCUACUCUGCUUCCAUGACUGUUAAAAGCAUCGUGUUCGAGAAAGAAAUGAGGCUGAAGGAGGCCCUGAAGAACAGAGGGGUCAUGAACGGGGUGAUUUGGUUCACGUGGUUUUUGGACAGCUUUCUUAUGAUGACCGUGAGCACGUUUCUCCUGACAGCUCUCCUGACGUAUGGCAAAGUGCUUCGGUACAGCAAUCCCCAAGUUCUCUUUCUGUUCCUGUUAACCUUCGCAGCAGCCAGCAUCAUGCAAUGCUUCUUGCUCAGCACCUUUUUCUCCAAAGCUAAUGUGGCAGCCGCCUGCAGUGGAGUCAUCUAUUUUACCCUCUACCUGCCCCAUAUCCUCUGCUUUAUCUGGCAGGACUGGCUGCCUCUUAAGAUGAAGAUCCUGGCAAGCUUCCUUUCACCUGUGGCUUUCGGGUUUGGUACAGAAUACUUAUCACGCUAUGAAGAACAAGGACUUGGGUUACAGUGGAAUAAUAUCCGAAGUAGCCCACUGGAAGGAGAUAAAUACAGUUUCUUGUUGUCUAUGGAGAUAAUGGCUUUUGAUGGUUUUGUUUAUGGAUUGCUUGCUUGGUACUUGGAUAAUGUCUUCCCAGGAGACUAUGGAAUUCCUCGGUCUUGGAAUUUCCCUUUGAAGCAAUCUUAUUGGCUUGGGUUAGGACACCCAAAGGCUGAGAAAACAACAACUGCCAAUGAAAAAGGUCCAGCGAAGGAAGGUGUUAUUGACAUAAAGGCUGAAGAUGAAGAGGUGAGAAAAGGCAUGGCUGCCGAGCCUGUCAUGGGAGAGAACACGACCAACGGCCUGGGGCAGAAGGAUGGUAAAGAAAAGAAAUGUAAACACAAAGGAAAAAAAGAGUGCAAGAAUCAGGGGAAGCCUGGGACAACAGAGGCAAAAGACAAAGAUCACAUUCCUACAAAUCUGUACUUCGAAGUAGAGCCUUCUGGUUUAAAGCCUGGUGUGAGCAUCCAGAAUUUGGUGAAGAUCUUCUCCAAUUGUUCCAAGCCAGCAGUGGAUGGAAUGACUUUUACUUUCUAUGAGGGCCAGAUCACUGCUUUCCUUGGCCGCAAUGGUGCUGGAAAGACAACUGUCAUGUCUAUCAUUACAGGUCUGUUCCCACCUACAUCUGGAACAAUACUGGUUGAUGGAAUGAACAUCCAAACACACAUUGAUUCCAUCCAGCAGAGUUUAGGCAUGUGUCCCCAGAACAACAUCUUGUUCAAUCACCUUACUGUUGAAGAACACAUCCAAUUCUAUGCUCAGUUGAAAGGAAGGAGCAGAGCAGAGGCAAGACUGGAGAUGGAAACACUCCUAGAAGACAUAGGCCUGCCACAUAAAAGGAAUGAAGAGGCUCAAAAUUUGUCAGGGGGCAUGCAGCGGAAACUAUCUGUUGCCGUUGCCUUUGUGGGUAAAGCAAAAGUAGUAGUUCUAGAUGAGCCUACUUCUGGAGUUGAUCCAUAUUCCAGACGCUCGAUUUGGGAUCUCCUUCUGAAGUACCGCUCAGGCAGAACCAUCAUUCUGUCUACCCACCACAUGGACGAGGCAGACAUCCUUGGAGAUCGCAUUGCUAUCAUUUCCCAAGGAAAGCUGCACUGCUCAGGAUCACCUGUUUUCUUAAAGAACUCGUUUGGAUCAGGCUUUUAUCUCACCUUGGUCCGCAAGAUGAAAAGGGUCCAAAAUGGUCAAAAGGAUGCAACCUCCUGUAGCCUAGGAUCCAAGUGUUCCUGUUCCUGCUCCAGCUGUGAACCUGUGGACAAAGGGGAUACUGUUGAGCAGGAACUAGAUGGUGAUGUGAAUGAACUGAAUGAACUUAUCCAUCACCAUGUUCCAGAAGCACAGUUAAUUGAAAGUAUUGGUCAGGAACUUGUCUACCUUCUGCCAAAUAAGGAUUUUAAGCAACGAGCCUAUGCCAGUCUUUUCAGAGAAUUAGAGGAAACCCUGGCUGAUGUGGGACUCAGCAGUUUUGGCAUCUCAGACACACCACUUGAAGAGGUUUUCUUGAAGGUUACAGCUGAGGCUGAUCUUGGAAUACACAGUACAGCUGCACAGGAGAAUGCUUCCACUGGGCAAAAACAGGGAGCCCACCAAAGAGCUUCAACAGCCAGUUGUGCUUCUCAGAUACCUCUGGGUAUGGAAGGAGAUGAGAGCAAUGGAAAAGGAUCUAGGCAGAAUAAAGGUGGCCAGCUUAUAUUUCAGCAGAUUAAAGCUCUUCUCAUCAAACGUUUCCAUCAUACCACCCGUAGUAUUAAAGACUUCCUGGCUCAGAUUGUUCUACCUGCUAGCUUUGUGUUGCUGGCUCUGAUACUUACAGUCAUCAUCCCUCCAUUUGGUGAAUAUCCCAGCCUAACCCUCCACCCCUGGAUCUACGGACAUCAGUUUACUUUUUUCAGCAAUGAACGGCCUGGCAGUGAACAAAUGGUUUCUCUUAGUGAUGCCUUUUUAAAAAAACCAGGAUUUGGAAAUCGUUGCUUGAAGAGAGAACCUCUUCAUAACUACCCUUGCAUUACUACAUCAAUGGCCUGGAGGACACCGGCUGUCCCUUAUCAUGUAUCUGCCCUUUUUCGGAUUAACAAAUGGAAUCCUGACAACCCCUCACCUGCAUGUGAAUGCAGCACCGGGGAAAAACUCACUAUGGUGCCAGAGUGUCCGCUGGGAGCUGGAGGGCUUCCUCCUCCACAGAGGGUUCAGCAUAGUACAGAAAUUCUUCAGGAUCUCACUUACCGAAAUAUUUCUGAUUUCUUGGUGAAAACAUACCCCACCUUAAUAAGAAGCAGCUUAAAGAGUAAAUAUUGGGUCAAUGAGCAAAGAUAUGGAGGAAUUUCCAUUGGAGGAAAACUUCCAAUACUGCAUGUUACUGGAGGUCAAAUUGUUGGCUUUGUGAAGGACCUUGGUCAAAUGAUGAAUAUAACCGGGGGUGACGCAUCAAUGACUGUCGCUAAAGAAAUGUCAGCUUUUCUUAAAUAUAUGGAAACUGAACAAAAUAUUAAGGUGUGGUUUAACAAUAAAGGCUGGCAUGCUAUGGUCAGUUUUCUCAACGUAGCCAACAAUGCAAUUCUGAGAGCCAACCUGCAACAAGGUAAAGAUCCAGAAGAAUAUGGAAUAACUGGUAUUAACCAUCCACUGAACCUCACUAAGGAGCAGCUGUCUGAAAUCACUGUGCUGACCACUUCAGUAGAUGCUGUUGUUUCCAUCUGUGUGAUUUUUGCCAUGUCUUUCAUCCCAGCAAGCUUUGUUUUAUAUCUGAUCCAAGAACGAGUGACAAAAGCCAAGCACCUCCAGUUUGUCAGUGGUGUGAGCCUUUUUGUUUACUGGUUCACCAAUUUCCUUUGGGACAUUGUGAAUUAUAUAAUGAGUGCUGGCUUAGUGGUGGCAAUAUUCAUGAGUUUCAAAAAGAAAGCGUACACAUCACCAAGCAAUCUUCCUGCACUUAUAAUAUUACUAUUGUUAUAUGGAUGGGCCAUAAUUCCUAUGAUGUACCCUGCAUCCUGCUACUUUAGCAUCCCCAGCACUGCCUAUGUUGUCUUGUCCUGCAUUAAUCUCUUCAUUGGUAUUAACAGUAGUGCCAUUACAUUCAUCCUGGACCUCUUUGAAAACAAUGCACCUCUCCUAGAAUUCAACAAAACUUUAAAAAAUAUAUUUUUGGUCUUUCCUCAUUUCUGCCUGGGUCGUGGACUCCUUGAUUUAGCCAUAAACCAAGCUGUGGUUGAUGUCUAUGCACAUUUUGGAGAAGAGCAUGUCUUGAAUCCGUUGCACUGGGAUUUUGCUGGAAAAAACAUGCUAGCUCUGGCUGUGCAGGGUGUGAUCUAUUUCAUUCUGAAUCUUCUGAUACAACAUGAUUUCAUGUCUGCAAGAUGGCUUCUCCAAAAUACUCCAGGGCCCAUUAUGGAAGAAGACGAGGAUGUGGCAGAAGAAAGGAAACGGAUAAUGAAAGGAGGUAGCCAAAAAGAUAUUUUGAAAUUACAGGAAUUGACCAAGAUAUAUGCAGGAAGACAUAUACCAGCAGUAGACAGACUCUGUGUUGGUGUUCGUCCUGGAGAGUGCUUUGGCCUCUUGGGUGUGAAUGGUGCUGGUAAGACAACAACAUUCAAAAUGCUGACUGGAGAUAUUAAAGUAACAUCUGGAGAUGCUAUUGUGGCUGGUCAUAGCAUAUUGACCCAAAUCUGGGAUGUUCACCAAAACAUGGGCUACUGCCCACAGUUUGAUGCUAUUGAUGAACUACUGACAGGGAGAGAGCAUUUGUGUUUCUAUGCCCAUCUGCGUGGUGUCCCAGCAGCUGAAGUUGAGAGGGUGGCAGAGUGGGGAAUUCAGAAACUUGGUCUCUUGCAAUUUGCAGAUCAGUUGGCAGGAACAUACAGUGGUGGCACCAAGCGCAAGCUUUCCACUGCUAUUGCACUGAUAGGUUGUCCUCCCUUAGUCCUGCUAGAUGAACCAACUACAGGAAUGGAUCCUCAGUCCCGACGCUUCUUAUGGAACUCAAUUGUCAGUGUGAUCAGAGAUGGAAGAGCUGUGGUUCUAACCUCCCACAGCAUGGAAGAAUGUGAGGCACUCUGUACAUGCCUAGCUAUCAUGGCUAAAGGGACUUUCAAAUGCCUGGGCACCAUCCAGGAUCUCAAAUACAAAUAUGGAGAUGGCUACAUUGUUACCAUGAAAAUCAAGGCACCUAAACUUGGAUUACUUCCAGAUCUCAGCCUUGCAGAACAGUUCAUGCGCCUGAACUUUCCAAGCGGCAUACAGAGAGAAAAGCACUAUAACAUGCUGCAGUACCAAAUAUGUACUUACUCACUGGCCAAGAUCUUUAGGUUGAUUCUCUCCAGUAAAGACAACCUAAAUAUUGAAGAAUACUCUAUCUCACAAACUACUCUAGAUCAGGUUUUUGUGAACUUUGCUAAACAACAGAUGGAGGAUGUGGAGAUUCCUCUACACCCUCGUGCAGCUGGAGCUAAUAGAGAGACGAAAGUGACUCCUGUCUUCUAUCAGCAAAUAAGCAAAUAAAAGCUGUGUGGCAUCUGCACCAAAAUUCCCAGGUGCUGAAGACCACACCAUAGCAGCAGUCUCACAAACACAGCAAUUUAAAGCAAGUAGAAUAAUUUUACAGGUUCCCACUAGGAACAGAGAUGGGGCCAAUGAGUAGAUACUAACCUGGCAGAUGUAUUGUUUAUGGGUGAGAAUGGCCCACACCCAUAAAUGGCCUGCUAUGUGAUGGCCAAAUGUUAUGGAUGAAUGGGAAACUUUUAAUUUUUCACUGUCUUGGUUUAUGCUAUUAAUUCUGACACUGUUUAAAAUUUUUAUUUAGUACAACAAGCAGCACCUUAUGUAAGGCCCACUUUGAACAGUUCAAAUCUUUAAAACAGCAGCAGCUAUUGUGGUGGUGGUAUAUAUUUCAAAGCAAAGUUGUCGC